AUGGCCGACGCCUUGCAAACUCUUUUCCGCAGGUCUCUGCCUGAGGAAAUCUCUGAACACCUGAAGGAACGACUUUCGGAGCUGGAAUCUGGAGACUUUUCCGCCCUUCUACAAUCGAAAGAUGCACAAGAACUUCUUGGAUACACACCAAAUUCGGAACUGGAUGAAACAAGACUGAAGGAUUGUGCGACAUGGAACGAAUUCAUCUCGAUUCGUCUCGGCAAGAUCCUCGCCAAAGACCAAGAGAAUGCAAAGUACAAGCAAAGUCUUCUCUUCAUUGUUGGAUAUGCUGCUCUGCUCGCUUUCCUGCAGUCCAACGCUACUGGUCCUCCUCUUCCUUUCACACCUUCAAAAACCGUCUUACCGCAGAACGUGGCUGAGGAUAAGCAGCAAGUAAUUGCUUUGCGCCGCCAGCUGAUCGACAGCCUUUCAAUCGACGGUAUUGCAGCAUACAGAUUGACGCCGAAUAUCGAACUACUCUGCCUGGCAAAUGUGAUCAUCAGCAAUCCGGAUAUUCUCGAGAAUAUCUCGGUCUCAAGGUGGGCUAAACUGAGAGUGACUUUCAUGCACCAGAGGCUGUUGUCAGAAGACUGCGGAACACUGCAGGACAGAAUUUUCGCAGAUAUCGAUGCAGUACAGGAGAAAUUCUUCGACAGCUCGCUCAAGAACAAAUCAAAGGCUAGUUACGACGAUGCAAAGGUUGAAUUUUUGCUCGAGCGUGCCAGCAUCGAGACUUUCUAUGGUCUAGAUAAAAAGGCCAGAAGUGAUCUGGAUGCGGCAGUAGCUGAGCAAGAGUUCCAAUUCGCCUUGACUGGUAUCUUGGGAAGGAGAACCAAGUUCCAACAGCACGAUGUCAGUCAGCUGGUCGUGCUUGCCAAGAGUGCACGCGAUGCAGAGGAUGCCAAAGAUGUGAAAUCGGUAGAGGCUCAGCAAACGGAAGGUGCCACGGGCGGCCCCAAGAACUUGGAUCUCAACGACGAUACCCUCUUGGAGAACAUCUCCUUCACGGAGAAGCCGACACUCAACUUGGAUGUACAGACCAAGGAAUCUUUGCCACCGGCAUUAGCUGAACUGGAUCCCUCAGACCAGCCAAAGCUAUUACCAUUGGACUCGAUCAUCUUGCUCGCUCUUGCAUCCUCUAUCACAAACACAUCACCUGCAAACGGUCUUACGAGAGAAGAAACUCUGCCAUAUGCCACUCGUGUUUUGGAAGGUGGCAGCUCGAACUGGCAGGUCUACACUCAGGGUCUGCUCGUCCGCAGCAGAAUGGAGGGAUACAGAUCUAGAACCAUCGAACGUGGUCUGUUGCAAUUGCAAGCAGUUGUCGAUCAAGUCAUUGCCGAUACUACAGAGACACCCGCAGAUGGCAGCACGGAUGUAACGGCUACCAGCUUCUUGCGCAAGGGAGAAAGUGAGGACUCGGCUCCAGCUUCUGAGAGAUUACGAUACAUCUUCCAGAUUGCUGCUCCUACUCGAUGGGAGUUGGAGGGAGAGCUGGCUCAAAGAUGGGUUACUCUUGGUGGUCUUCGCUCAGCACUCGACAUCUAUAUUCGCUUGGAGAUGUGGGCCGAAGCUGCACUAUGUUACGCAGCCACUGAGAAGGAGGAGAUCGCAAAGCGAAUGGUGCGCCGUCAACUCUACCAUGCCACCAACAACGGAGACGAGGAUAAUGCUGGAGACGAAGAAACUUGGGAAGGAUCUGAGAGGCAGCCAGCACCGACUGAUGCAGCACGUUUGUACUGUAUCCUCGGUGACCUUGACCAAGAUGUUUCUAUGUAUGAGAAGGCCUGGGAAGUCUCAGGCCAGCGUUACGCGCGUGCCCAAAGAUCCUUGGGUCGCAUGUACAUUGGCCAACGCGACAUGGUCAAGGCUGCAGAUGCAUAUGCUAAGAGCUUGAGAGCGAAUCAGCUAAACCAUACUUCGUGGUUUUCCAUGGGCUGCUGCUUGUUGGAACUUGCAGAGUUUGAAAAGGCUGCCGAAGCCUUCUCCCGUACGGUUCAGCUUGAAGAGACGGAUGCAGAAGCAUGGAGCAAUUUGGCUGCUGCCCUACUCAAGAACCAAGCCCCUACUGCCAACAACGAAACUGCUGCGCCAGCAGUCGAGCUUGCCGAAGACGAGGAUGAGUCUAUGGCUCCUCAGCCCAAGAAGGCUGAUCCUCAACAGAACAAGAAGGACGCGCUUCGCGCACUCAAGCGUGCUGCUACCCUCAAACACGACAGCCAUCGCAUCUGGGAGAAUCUUCUCAUCGUUGCCGCCUCUCUCUCACCUCCCGACUACGACACAGUAUUGACAGCUCAACGCCACAUCAUCGACCUCCGCUCAAAGACAAACGGCGAGUCUUGCAUCGACGUCGAAAUCAUGGAACACAUGAUCCGCCACGUCGUCGUCUUGAACGACGAAUACGACCCAGCGAAACCCGGUUUCGAGCGUCUGUUGGUCGAACUGUUUGACAAGAAGAUCGUGCCGCUCAUUACUUCCUCUCGCGAAUUGUGGCAGUUGUACGCCAAACUCUGCAUCUGGCGCAAGAAGCCAUCCACCGCAUUAGAUGCCAAUGAAAAGGCAUGGAGAGCAGUGAGCAGUGCACCUGGCUGGGAGACCGAGAGCGAAGACCGCUGGAAUGUCGUUGUGGAUGCGACAAUAGACUUGUGCGAUGCUUACGAGAGUUUGGGACAGAUGGAAAAGACAGAGGGCAUGGCUGCUGGAAGCGGUGCGUUGGUUGCCAAGGACUGGAAGUUCAAGGCUAGAAGUGCGAUUAGAUCUAUUAUGGGCAAAGGAAAGGAUUGCUGGGAAGAUACUGAUGGGUGGGAGAGAUUGAAGGAGGCACUUGAUGGGUUGCGUGGUUGA